UGGUUCGAACCAGGCGACCCACUCCCCAUUCAGACUAGGGCCAAACCCGAGCCGGGAUACGAGCCAGACCGGAGCAGCGCCUCUCGCCCCGCCCAGCCGUCCGCCCCCCUCUUCGCCGUCGCGCCCACCACCGCCAGCCGCACGAGGCGCCUCCUCUCCACCCGGGCGAGCGACGGUGGCGGAGAUGGCGGGGUGGCUGAAGGCGCUGGCGUACGGCGCGGGGGGCGUGGCGGUGGCCGGUCUGGCGGCGCUGGUGGCGCUGCAGGAUCGCAUCGUGUACGUGCCCGUGCUCCCGGGCCUGGCGCGCGCGUACCCUUUCACCCCCGCCCGCCUCGGCCUCGCCUACGAGGACGUCUGGCUCCGCGCCGCCGACGGCGUGCGCCUCCACUCCUGGUUCAUCCGCCACUCCCCCACCUGCCGAGGUCCAACCAUUCUGUUCUUCCAAGAAAAUGCUGGCAACAUUGCCCAUCGUCUGGAAUUUGUUCAACUAAUGAUGCAGCGGCUACAGUGCAAUGUCUUUAUGCUUUCUUAUAGAGGGUAUGGUGAGAGUGAUGGUUAUCCUUCUCAGAAAGGGAUCACAUAUGAUGCACAGGCGGCACUUGAUCAUCUAGUUCAGAGGAAGGACAUUGACACAUCCAGGAUAGCUGUCUUUGGGAGAUCUUUAGGAGGCGCUGUUGGAGCAGUUCUUGCAAAAAACAAUGCUGACAAGGUGGCUGCUCUAAUACUGGAAAAUACAUUUACAUCUAUAUUGGAUAUGGCUGGUAUCAUGCUUCCCUUCUUAAGAUGGUUCAUUGGUGGCAGCUCCUCUAAAGGUCCAAAACUUCUGAACUGUGUUGCUCGCUCUCCAUGGAGUACACUUGAUAUUGUUGCAGAGGUCAAACAACCCAUUCUCUUCCUUUCUGGGUUGCAAGAUGAACUGGUUCCCCCUUCACACAUGAGGAUGCUAUAUGACAAAGCUUUUGAACAUAACAGAAAUUGUAGAUUUGUUGAUUUUCCUAACGGCAUGCAUAUGGAUACCUGGAUUUCUGGAAAAGAACGCUACUGGAGGACAAUUCAAUUGUUUUUGGAUCAAUAUGCUCCAGAAGUACAGAGUUGUGAUGAUGCCAGCUGCAAAAGUGAAAUUGCUGAGGAUGAUGCUGCUGCUGAAUGACUGGAACAUCUGAAACAGACUUCUUUUUUCCAAGCUCCAGCUUUUCUGAUGUUGAUGCAAUUUCAAUCACCUAUGAACUGAAGCUCACUGCAAACAAUUCAAUCAAACAGGCAAUUGUUCUGCUCCAUUCCACCUGAAGAAACCGAAGUUAUGAAUACUUUUUUAGGAUAUUCUCUACCAUGCUCUUCCGCCACGUUUGUCCCUGGAACUUCAAAGAUUUCUCUGUGGAUUUGUCCCCGAACUGAUUACCUCGUCUUGAUUCAAUGUACAAAUUACUAGUACCUUUAUUAUUACUUAGUACUUAUUAUUAUUAUUGUUGUUUUCUCAUCAUCUUUUUAGUUGGGUCUUGUGGGUUUUAUCUUGGGUCUACCUAACUUAUUUGGGACAAAGGUGGCCGCCGCCGCCGCCGCUGUUGUUGAUUCAAUGUACAAAUUGGCUUUUCUAAAAGUGUCUAUACUAGAACUGGUAUCCAAACAUGCCGGGAAAUCUGGCCAUGGUGUACGACUGAUCAUUACAUAGGUUGUAAGCUCACUAUUUGGUUUUGUGAUUUUGAUUGUUA